CACCUCACCUCACCUCACCUCACCUCACCUGCACUUCCAGACAGAGAAGGAAGCGGAAGCAAGGAAGAUCAGUCCAGGGCAGUCGGCAAGAAACACAGCACACACACGGCCGGUUGUUUCCUCGCUACGAACUUCUUCCAUUAUCCCGUCUUGUAUACACGGCAUUUCGAGCGGAGAGACAUCACCACCACCAUCGCCGCCAUCACCACCCACACUGCAAUCGCAUUCAUUUGUCGCAUUGCACUGCUGGGUCGUGUUGUUUCUUCCCCUCUUGUACAAUAUUCGAUAGUCUUUGCUCAAACGACUUGCACUACUUCCUAUCCCCAUCUUUCUUGUCCAAUGUGUUAUUAAUCCCGAUACGACCAUCUAUCUACAUCGCCCUCAACACACCCUCCCGCUCGCUCUGCUGAGCCCUGUUUCACUAUCUCGACACCCUCGAUACCCUCGACAUCUUUAUAAGAUGCUUCCCCGAACGGCUUCGGCCACCCGAACCCCCCACCUCAACCGCCUCGUCUCGGCCGGCUCCCGCAGAGUCCUCCCCAGAUGCCCGCCUUCUCUGGGUAUUCGGGGCUCGUUGGCUGUCACCCCUAGGCUGUUGUCCACCAUCACGACCCAGCAACCGAGCCCACUCAAGAGACAGCCCGCACCCCGGGCGACCGUUGGCUUCGAGCGCCAUCUCGCCACUGUACUAGACGAACCCGCCCAGACUGCGACAACGCCCCUAUACGAACUGCGAUCCUUCUCGCCGCAGGCCCCUUUGACGGUUCGGGAUCAUACCAAGGUCUAUGCAAAGCAGCGCGUGAACUACCAUGGCAUUCCCGGAGACGUCAACGAGAUGUUCUUGGUUUUCGAGGCCUGUCUUCAAGUUGGACGUCUUGAGCGAGCUGCUCAGGUUCUUAAGCGGCUUGCCAACCUGGACGUUGUGCCACCAGCCGACUAUUUGGAUCUCUUCAACCAGUAUCUCGAUGCCAAGGUUUCUCAGCUCCUGCAAGAGCCUGAUGUAGACAAGGCCGAUGACAUCCACAAGGCCUUUGAGACUAUGGUUAGCGACGGCAGAGAGCUUCCUGUUGGCGGUGAGACCGUUGCCUUGCUUCUCAAGGCAUCUCUCACCUCCACAGAUGCAGAGACAAUGCAGCGUUACGUUACGAGAUAUCUCAGCCUGCUUCCCACACAAACCGCCCUCGAGACCGUCUUCAACACCGAAAUCUUGACAUACGAGGAAUUAACAAAGGUUGCUGAGCUGUGCCCAAAGUACAACAUGCCCGACAACGUGGAUCCCGAUACCUUUGCGCAGCAACAGCAGCAACAGCAGCAGCAACAGGAGCAACAACAGCAACAGGACACAUCUAUCGACCAAUCGAAGGUUUCAAUCGAGCCCUUGCUCACUUCAAGCGAACCUUCUGCAAUCCCCGAAGUUCUUGGUACUCCUCAAAAGGGUUUCGGUCUGCAGUUCGUCAAGCGAACAGUCAGCAUGUUCAAGGACAUACCGGACGGUUUCGACAUCUCGACAUUGCCUAUUUCCCAGCAGAGGGAGAUCCAGUCCAAGUUGGAAAAGGACUGCGUUGACGCAUCCCUGGCACGCUGGCGAGAGGAGAACGAGUCGCUUCAAAAAAUGGGCCUAAACACAUCCCUCGAUACUCCAUCACUCAAUUCGAGGCUCUACCAGUGGCAGAAAGAUCUUGAAACUCGUCUGCGCACGAUGCUUGUGGAGGUGGAAAAGUCUGAGAUGGUGAGCAAGAAAAACAAGGAUGACCUGGACCGCUGCAUUUACGGCCCCUUUAUAAGGCAAUCCAACCCUGAGCGCCUGGCUGCGGUCACCAUCAUCAGUACACUCAGCUCGCUCGCCAUGGGCGGUGCCCACAAGGGCUCCACGAUCGCAUCUCUCAUCACUCACAUUGCCAAAUUCGCCGAGGAGGACAUCAGGGUACAAAAGGCUGAAGCCCUGAUCAGCAAGCACAACCUCCGAAAGGCCAAGUCCAAACAGCACAACCCCCGCUCGGUUCUGCGAUUCAAGAACUCGACUGCUUCUGCCGGCUCCAGUGAUAUGACCGACUCGAACAACGUCGCCGUUGAGAUGGACGACGAGGCCUGGACGACUACGAUUCGCACAAAGGUCGGCGCCGCUCUUUUGUCCGCCCUUCUUGACACGGCAAAGAUCACGCUUGUCCGCGAGGAUCCUGUGACCAAAACCCUUAUCACGCAGAACCAGCCCGCUUUCUCCCACGUCAUGCAACUAAGGAAAGGCAAGAAGAUCGGAACCAUCAUUCCCAACAAGGCCGUCGUCGAGCUAUUGGUUCGGGAACCCGUGCCGGACUUUCUUGCUCGCCAUCUUCCCAUGGUCACCCCGCCGGAUCCCUGGGUAUCCUUUGAGAAGGGUGCCUAUCUCGAGACCAAGACACCUGUACUUCGGUUGAAGAACGGUGAGAGGGAGCAGAGACUCUACACCGAGGCUGCAAUUGCUCGCGGUGAUAUGGAUCAGGUCUUCAAAGGCCUCGAUGUCUUGGGCAAGACAGGUUGGAAGAUCAACUCUCCAGUCUUCAAGGUCAUGCUGGACGUCUGGAAUUCGGGCAAGCAGGUCGCAAACAUCCCUCCUCUUGACCCCAUCUUUGACCUACCCCCCGAGCCGGCAUCCACCGAAGACCCGACGGUCAAGCGUGCGUGGCUCAAGGAGAUCAAGGUCAUCGAAAACGAGAGAUCGGGUUUGCAUUCGCAGCGAUGCUUCAUGAACUUCCAGCUUGAGAUCGCCAGGGCAUACCGAGAUCAGACAUUCUACUUCCCACACAAUGUUGAUUUCCGUGGACGUGCCUAUCCUAUUCCCCCUUAUCUGAAUCAUAUGGGGGCUGACCAUGUCCGUGGCUUGAUGCUUUUCGCCAAGGGUAAGCCUUUGGGAGAGAGCGGCUUGCGCUGGCUCAAGGUUCACCUGGCCAACGUUUACGGCUUCGACAAGGCUAGUCUGCAGGAACGUCAAGACUUUGCCGAUGAAAAUAUCGAGAACAUUCGUGACUCGGUAAAUAACCCGUUGAACGGAAACCAGUGGUGGUUGCAGGCCGAGGACCCAUGGCAAUGCCUUGCUACGUGCUUUGAGCUCGCGGCAGCACUUGAGUUGGAGGAUCCCACAAAAUAUGUAUCUCAUCUCCCAAUACACCAAGACGGAACCUGCAACGGACUGCAGCAUUACGCCGCUCUCGGUGGUGAUACGUGGGGUGCACAGCAAGUCAACCUGGUUCCCGGAGACCGUCCUGCCGAUGUGUACUCGGCUGUUGCCAAGCUGGUCAUUAAAGGUAUUGAGGACGAUCUUGCCAAGGAUAAUGAGUUUGCCAAGGCCAUGCAUGGGAAGAUCACACGCAAGGUGGUGAAGCAAACGGUCAUGACCAAUGUAUACGGCGUGACAUAUGUUGGCGCAAGGAAACAGGUCCUAAAGCAAAUCGAGGCGGCAUACCCAAACAUCACGGCUGAGUCGGGCAUCGAAGCCGCUCUCCUAGCCUCGUAUGUGACACAGCAUAUUUUCAGGGCAAUGUCCACCAUGUUCAAGGGCGCUCACGACAUCCAGAACUGGCUUGGAGAGAUUGGUGGACGUGUCUGCCGCGCCUUGACGCCCGAGCAGCUGGAUGAGUUUGAGAGGUCAGAACGGUCUCCUCAUGGAGAUGGCACAGCAAGCGGUGAGAAUAUAACGCUCGCCGGGAACCCCAGAAAGUCCUCUGCCCACAAAAAUGACGAGAUCCUCAACAAUUUCCAGUCAACCAUCAUCUGGACAACACCCUUGCGGAUGCCGGUCGUUCAGCCAUACAGGAAGCACGGGACCAAGACUGUCUCGACCUGCAUGCAGGAUCUUGUCAUGACGAUCCCAGAGAGGUCCGAUCCCGUCAACAGGAGGAAACAGCUACAGGCUUUCCCGCCCAACUUCAUUCACUCGCUUGAUGCCAGUCACAUGAUUCUGUCAGCGCUACACUGCGACGAACUGGGACUUACCUUUGCCGCUGUCCAUGACUCGUUCUGGACUCAUGCUUCUGAUGUAGACUCCAUGAAUGCCGUCCUUCGCGAUGCUUUCAUUCGAAUCCACAGUGAGGAUGUCAUUGGCCGGUUAGCUGCCGAGUUCCAGGCUCGGUACAAGAACUCGCUUUACCUCGCAAAGAUUGAGACGGGCACAAAGGUGGCCCAGGAGAUCCAGCGGUGGCGCGUCAGAAAUAAGCUCGGCCCUAGGAAGGAGCUGCUUUUGGAGAAGGAACGCCAAGAGCUUCUUCGCUCAUCAAACCCCGAAGACGUCGAGAGGGGCAAGAAGAUAAUCUCGCCGGCCAGUCUCUACGAACUGUAUUCCAGCGCUGAGGAUCUCACCGUCCCCGAGGACCUGAAAGAGGUUACUAUUGGCAACCUCGCGGGUGUUGAUGAGAAGAAGGUUCGCAGAGGACGGGAAAUGGAUGAGGAGGGAGAAGUAGAUGGCAGUGAGGAGGCCGUCGAGCACGAGGAUGGGAUGCACGAAGAUGAGAUGCUGGCCGACGAGCCUAGGGACAUGGAUGGCGGUUCGGGGCUUGACGAACUGCGGAACACCAACCACUUCGCCCUCUCACAAAAGCGCGCCAAGGCCUCGAUCGCAUCUGGUGGCAAGCAGAAGCACUAUCUUGACAUCUGGCUUCCAUUGGUCUUCCCACCAAUUCCGGAGAAGGGUGACUUCGAUGUCCGGUCUUUGAAAGACAGCACGUACUUCUUCUCCUAAACCUGAGGGUUGAAGUAAUGCCUGUCUCCUAUCAGUCCUGGUGUAUAUAUAUAGAGAGAGAGCGGAGGUCUCUGGAGCAAGGGAGGAAGAUGUUCGAUAUCCAAAAGCGAUCCAUGGGCUGGCGUUCUGGAGUACCUUCUGUAAAUAGAUCUUGACGCAUAUGAUGUUGGUGGCAUUUUGGGCGUUGGCGAAGAGAAAAUAAACUGGGCCGGAUAUGUAAAGGAGGAUGGAUACAGAGUGGUUGAUGGGGGAAGUUGGCUUCUUGUGUAGAUCACUAUCGUUAACAUUGAUUGGUUUUUUGAGCAUAUCAUAACAACUCUUCUCAUGGUAUCCGGAUUAUAUGAUGCACACCGACUACGUAUCUACGACUCGGGUAUAUGUAUUUGGCAUAGCGGUGGAUCGAUAUUCAAAUCACAUCAAUUCACAGUAAUUCCCC